CUCAGAUGUUAUAUCUUGAUCUGGAGCUAACUCUGUCGCCAAUUUAGUUGGAGUUUUUAUGCUUGUAUGGUGAAUAGUUUUUUUUUCUUUGGCUUUUGAAUGGAGAUAGGUAAAAAUUCAUGGACUUCUCUGGGACUUACCUAGAAGGUGUUGUGCAUGGAAUUUUUCAGUGGAUGGAGCUUUCGAUUCACAGGUAUAGACUGUAGGCUUCCUUGGGUUUGUUGUGCUCCUCCUACAAUUGAGGUAGAUAACAGCAUGGUGUUGGCCUGAGAAGCUGAGUGCUUUAUGCUCAUUUCCCAUAGAGUCAAAGUCAUGACCCACAGGGGUUCAAUUAACCUCAAAUGUCAAAGUCGUCCUGAUCCAUGAGGCAUCUAACAUGUGAAUCUACUGACCUUUUACUUGUGCUAGUACUAUUUGAAAUUUAAAGGACCAAUCAAUACCACCCUGAAUUUACAUAAUUAAUUGGCAUAUUGAUCCUUAUCUGUGAGGUAUACUUCAUUUCUAUUUGGUCUAAACUUGAAAUUGAGUCAAGGCACGUGUUGAAGACUUGCCAGAGUUUAGUUGGAGGGCUAGACUGAGUCAUCAGCCAAAUCAAUGUAUCCCUUGGAUGCAUACUAAUUUGCUUUCUUUUUGUAUUUUUACUAAAACAUGAUAUACCGUUUGGUACUUACAUGUGCGCCAUAUGUGAAAAUCUUAUGGAUUAUCAUGUUUGCCAUUCAUUUUUGUGAUGUAUGGAUGUUUUGAACCUUCUAAUCCCAAAGGAACAGGUAUAGGAUAGUAAUGCGCCAUCUCCUCAAAAACCAUUUUCAGAUGUGCAAAAUAAAGCAAUCUUCCUAUUUUCUGGUUGGACACUCUAUAAUCCUAUGAAUUGUUGAGAAAGGAAUAGUUGCUGAGAAAAUGCCUACUCUUUUAGACGUGUGAGAAGUCAUGAUGGGAGUGAUCCGUGCCCUGAUAUUCGUUGAGUAUUUUGGAAGCCCAUUGGCUUCAAACUUAGUGAGUAUUUAGGGAGCCCAUCAAACCCCCCACACAAAGGAAGAAGAAGGGUAGAAAAGGGUCGGUGGUUGGAAUAAGUGAGAUUGGUUUGUCAAAUAUCAGUUUCCUGGGAUUUGGUUCCUUUGUCAGUGCACUGAGUUCUAUUAGAGGUGACGAUACUCGCUCAGUUGAUUGCAGAAAAAGGAAUGACUCAGGUAAAUAGAUUUGCUUCAUUCAUUUAGAAUGGUGCAUCAAAUUGCAGUGCACUUUGGGUGAUUAUACCUGAUGACAACUUGGAAAAUUUUCAGGGUAAUUCCACUAUCUUUUUUAACCUGAUUUUUGUUAAAUUCUUUCGGGGAGUGAACGUUUAUUAUAUUGAUUAUAGAGAGCGUCAGGUGACCAACAGAGUUGAGCUAGCUGGCAGCAUCAAAGAUGGACUCUAUCUUUUGCCCAGAUUCAAAGGAAACUAUGAAUGUUGUAGGAUUAGAGAGGGAGGAGGCAGUCCUGUUUUCACAUGGCACAUGAGAGCAAGUUUUCCAAUACCAUUGGGUGGAAAUAUGUUAUUAGCAGCUUUUGUCAAGCCCGCCGGGGAGACGACCUUUCUUUUGUCAUCAUCUGUCAGUUCAAUAGUGGACCUUACGUUUUAAAACGAGCACUGCCACACGACAUUGCUGAAUCCUUUCUCACACACAGCGAUGGAGUCAACAACGUCCAACUUGAUCAAGCUCCUCCUCCUCCUCCUCUAUUUCCUUCCCUGCUUUCAUACCAAAUCACCACCCGCUUCAACACUUCCUCUUCCCACAAAAUCUGGCUACCUCCCUGUCAAUCCCACAACCAAUUCAGCCAUGUUCUACACUUUCUAUGAAGCACAGAACCCCAUAUCACCUCUCACCCAAACCCCACUUGUGAUUUGGCUCCAAGGUGGCCCUGGCUGCUCCUCCAUGAUCGGUAACUUCCUUGAGCUUGGCCCUUGGCGCCUGAAUCGUGACAAACACCUUCAACUUGAACCCAAUUUGGGUGCAUGGAACCGCAUAUUUGGCCUACUUUUUCUUGAUAAUCCGGUAGGAACGGGAUUCAGUGUUGCUUCUUCACCUAAAGAAAUCCCAACAGAUCAAUAUUCUGUUGCCAAGCAUCUAUUCUUUGCCAUAAGGUCAUUUAUUGAAUUAGACCCAUUAUUCAAAUCACGCUCAAUUUAUAUUACAGGGGAGAGCUAUGCAGGAAAGUAUGUUCCAGCAAUUGGGUACCACAUUUUGAAGAAAAACUCACGGUUACCAGAGUCUCAGCGUGUGAAUUUAAGGGGUGUUGCUAUAGGGAAUGGGCUGACAGACCCAGUGAGACAAGUGGCUACUCAUGCUGCGAGUGCUUAUUUUUCAGGAUUGAUCAAUGGGAAACAGAAAACCCAGCUGGAAAAAGCUCAGUUGGAGGCCGUUAAGUUGAUCAAGGAGGGUAACUGGAGUGAGGCAACAAAUGCAAGAAACAGGGUCUUGAAUAUGUUGCAAGAUAUGACAGGCCUAGCUACACUAUAUGAUCUUACAAGGAAAGUUCCUUAUGAAUUGGAAUUGGUUGGUGAGUUUUUGAGCAGCGAAGGGGUGAAGAAGGCUUUGGGAGCAAAUGUGUCAAUAGCUUGGGAGGACUGCAGUGAUGUGGUGGGAGAAGCAUUGCAUGAAGAUGUGAUGAAGAGCGUGAAAUUCAUGGUAGAAUUGCUGGUGAAGAAGAGCAAGGUGUUGUUGUACCAGGGGCAGUUCGAUUUGAGAGAUGGAGUGGUAUCAACCGAAGCUUGGAUGAAGAGCAUGAAGUGGGAGGGGAUUGAUAAAUUUCAAGCGGCUGAGAGGAAGGUUUGGGAAGUGAAGGGAGAGCUUGCAGGGUAUGUGCAGAAAUGGGGGAGCUUGAGCCAUGUUGUGGUUUCAGGGGCUGGACACCUUGUGCCUGCUGACCAGCCAGUGAAUUCUCAGAUCAUGAUAGAAGAUUGGGUUUUGGAGAGGGGAUUGUUUGGCAAUGAGCAAGAGAGAAAUUAAUCUUCUCGUUCUCGUGUCCCUGGACCUUGUGUGAUCUGUUCGAAAUUCAAAUUAUGAGUAGGUCUGAAAUUAUGGAUAGCAUUGAAUAAAUAUCCAUCUACCCACUUGUUAUUUAUUAAUAUCGUUAGAUCGCUGGGUGCAUCUCAACUUGAAAUAUUUCCUCAAUAAGUACUAUAAUUUAGAUGAAAAUGUAAGAACUUUCGAAGUUUAAGAAAAA